AGCGUUCUCAUUGGAAUUUCUGUCGUAAUUUGGAACCUUUAACCGGAAUGUCCAGAAGCAAACAGAGGGUGUAAAAAAUUGCUGAGAAAUUAAACUUUCUCACUUAGGCUUGAUAGUGCACCUUUGUCGCAGACGCACUGAUGGUGCGCUGGUGAUCUUGAAGGAAAUCCCAGUUGAGCAGAUGACCCGUGAUGAACGUCUCGCAGCCCAGAAUGAAUGCCAAGUCCUCAAGUUACUCAGCCACCCCAACAUAAUUGAAUAUUAUGAAAACUUCCUUGAGGACAAGGCGCUAAUGAUCGCAAUGGAAUAUGCUCCAGGUGGAACCCUGGCCGAUUACAUUCAGAAGCGCUGCAACUCCCUGUUAGAUGAAGACACCAUAUUACACUUCUUUGUUCAGAUCUUAUUGGCCCUUUAUCAUGUGCACAAUAAACUCAUUCUACAUCGGGACCUCAAAACCCAGAACAUACUCCUAGACAAGCACCAGAUGAUAGUAAAAAUAGGAGACUUCGGAAUCUCAAAAAUUCUUGUCAGCAAGAGCAAAGCGUAUACUGUUGUGGGGACACCAUGUUAUAUCUCUCCAGAACUGUGUGAAGGAAAGCCAUACAACCAGAAGAGUGACAUUUGGGCCCUAGGAUGUGUGCUUUAUGAGCUUGCUAGUCUCAAGAGAGCUUUUGAAGCAGCAAACUUGCCAGCUUUGGUGCUGAAGAUCAUGAGUGGCACAUUUGCCCCCAUUUCGGAUCGUUACAGCCCAGAACUGAGACAACUCAUUCUCAACAUGCUGAAUCUGGACCCAUCCAAAAGACCCCAACUCAAUGAGAUAAUGGCUCAUCCCAUCUGCAUCAGGCCAUUGCUCAAUCUCUACACUGACAUAGGCAACGUCAAAAUGCGCAGAAUAGAAAAGCCAUUUUCUGCUGUACAAACAGGCCCUCAUGGAAGACCUGGUGGGCGUGUAACCGGUACCAGAACCAGGGGAGGGCUGUCCAGUCUAACUUCAACAAAGAUGAUGCACCCAUUGCCGUUAUCAUCCGUGUACACCUGGGGCAGUGGCAUCUCCACUCCUCUGCGUCUACCCAUGUUAAACACAGAGGUUAUUCAAGUGUCCCUGGGCCGCACCCAGAAGAUGGGCAUCACCAAAUCUGGGAGGCUCAUCACAUGGGAGGCCCCCUCGGUUGGAUCCAGUGAGCCCACUCUGCCCGGCGCUGUUGAGCAGAUGCAGCCCCAGUUUAUCUCCCGCUUCCUGGAGGGACAGUCUGGUGUCACGAUCAAAUCGGUCUCAUGUGGUGAUCUCUUCACCACCUGUCUAACAGACAGAGGUAUAAUCAUGACGUUUGGAAGUGGAAGCAAUGGUUGUCUUGGACAUGGGAACUUCAACGAUGUGACACAGCCCAAGAUAGUGGAGGCUCUGCUGGGUUAUGAGCUGGUUCAAGUGUCUUGUGGAGCAUCCCAUGUCCUGGCCGUGACCAAUGAUCGAGAGGUUUUCUCCUGGGGGCGAGGAGACAACGGCCGGCUGGGAUUGGCCGCUCAAGACUGCCACAACUGCCCGCAGCAGGUGAGUUUGCCGGCUGAUUUUGAAGCCCAGCGUGUGCUGUGUGGGAUUGACUGCUCCAUGAUCAUCAGCACGCAGAACCAGAUUCUGGCCUGUGGGAACAACAGGUUUAACAAGCUGGGUUUGGAUAAGGUCUCUAGCACAGAGGAGCCCCCGUCUCACUGUCAGGUGGAGGAGGUCCACACGUUCCAGCCCGUCCAGUCGGCUCCUCUCAAUGUUGAGAGGAUUGUGUAUAUAGACAUCGGCACAGCACACUCUGUUGCGGUCACAGAGAAAGGUCAGUGUUUCACCUUUGGCAGUAACCAGCAUGGGCAGCUUGGCUGCAGUUCCCGCCGAAGCAGUCGAGUGCCCUAUCAAGUGUCAGGACUGCAGGGGAUCACCAUGGCUGCGUGUGGCGAUGCCUUCACUCUGGCUAUUGGAGCAGAGGGGGAAGUGUACACCUGGGGUAAAGGGGCACGUGGUCGGCUUGGACGGAAAGAAGAGGAUUCUGGGAAACCAAGGGCAGUGCAGCUCAAUGAGAACCACCCUUACACGGUCACGUCAGUGGCUUGUUGCCAUGGAAACACACUGUUGGCUGUGAAACCAUUUUUUGAAGAGCCUGUUCCGAAGUGACAUCACUGCCCAAAUGACUGCACACACUCGGCAGAAGAGACACUAGUGUGUGUUCAUUGAGAAUUUUAAGCCAUGCAGUUGCAUUUAUAAUGCAACAUGAUUUCUAGAUAUGUAAAGCUUUUUUGACCAAAUGUACAUGCUUAUUAACUUAUGACAACAGAAUUGUUCAAAUUCUAUAUUUGCAGUAUUACAUCUUUUUUUGUGCAGAGAAUUAGACUGAAUUAUGUCAUUAUUGUUAUUCAUAAUAAUAAUAAUAAUAAUAAUAUGUAGCAUUGUAAAUAAUGCCUUGCUGAGGUCAGACUGUCUGGAAGGAAAAAAAAAAAAAAACAUUUCUUAAGAAGAUAAUAAAGUGCUGCUACAUAACUUAAAGGUGAAACAUAAUUUCUAAAGUGUAUCAUAAAUAUGUGCCUCAACAUUGUGACAGAUCCUAUGUAAACAUUCUUAUUUGUGGACAAAAAUAAAUUAUUAAAAAGCUUUAGUAAUCAAUAUAUAUUCAUUGUCUUCAAU